CUGAAUUAAAGAUGGACAGAUUAGGUUUUGAAAUAGAGACCUUCCUUCAAGCUAAACAUAUUGGUACUUCUGUUUCUAAGCGUAUAGAUUAUUUGUCACGAAAGGGUAGGAGGAAAUCACUUGAAUCUGUCCCUUUAAAUGAGGUUGUAAGUGCAAGUAAAGAUUUUUAUGACGAGGAAGAUUCUGCUAGCAGUGAUUCGAAUUGUUUUGAGCUGAACAAAACAACUAGUGUUGACCUGAAAUCACUUGAAGAUGAAGCUCUAAACCGUGACGGUGAGGAAAUAGUGGAAUCAAAUCACGCCGGGAGAAAACUUCCAUCUCAUGAGAAGAUUAAAAGCCGGCAUCCAUUCAGCUUACAAGUUAAGUUUGAAGAAAAGAUGGCCAGAGCAACGAGUACUGAAAGUAAAAAGUCCCAGAUGGCAGAUGCAGAAGAGGAAAAUAUCGCUGUAGGAAACGCCACUGAAGCAAUAAUAUCACAAAAACUCGAAAAUGAUGAAGCUUCUCACUAUGGCAACAAGGGAAGAGGAAUAAGCUUGAUGAGAUACAUGGACUAAGCUCAAAUUGCAUACCAGACAACUUGAUAAGAAAUCAUAUAUCGUUGUCGGAAGAUGGGAAUAUGAAGACGGAAAACGACUGUGGUGAGGCUUCUUGUAAUUACCCACCAACAAGGAACCAGCCUAGCCCAGUGCGGCAAUGGAUUACA